AUAAUAAAAAAUCAAUACAUUUGGAUUUUUUUUUAUUCAUUAAAAACGCUAAUUUGUCGGUGUCUAAUGAAUUAUUUAGAAAAAAUAACAAUAGAACAACAUGAAAUGUUCAGAGAGUCCGUCAAGACCGACGUAGAACCGCAGAUUUAUAAAACGAACGCAUCUGACAUCAUAAUCACAAUGUUAAUAAUGUUAAUAAUAUAAAUAACACGUGAGAUCAGUUAUGCGAGUUUGAAUAGCCCGCUCACGCAGCUCUCUCUGCGCCGCGCGCAACUAACGACCCAAAAGUCGCUCAGACGCUUGAGUUUGCCCUUCUCCCUCACUUUUCUAUGACCGACCUUGAAGUUUAGUGGCCUCUGUGCGCCAGAGACGGAACCGUUCUUGUUACCGACCUGGAAACCUCUCCAGUCCUCCAUAUUUUUUAUUUAUUUUCCUCAACAACCCGAGGAUCCCAAGACAACUCACAAUACCACAACUGAAAAAUGACUGAGGAGAGUCAACAGCCGGUGACGACUGUCACCAAUCCUGCAGCCAGGACUUCGCCAGCCGAGGUCCCCAGUGCAGAAGUGACAAAGCCGAAGAGUGACAACAAGAAGGAAAAAUGCAAGCCGAUGACAAAGGUUGUGAUCAGAAGGCUCCCACCAUCAAUGACGCAGACCCAGUUCAUCGAGCAGGUUUCACCCCUCCCUGACCACGAUUACCUCCACUUCGUCAAGGCAGACAUGUCCCUGGGUCAACACGCCUUCUCCAGGGCGUACAUAAACUUCACAGAUCAGAAGGACAUCUUCAUGUUUCGGGAGAAAUUCGAUAACUACGUGUUCGUGGAUUCGAAGGGGACUGAGUACCCCGCAGUGGUGGAAUUCGCUCCAUUCCAGAGACUUCCGAAGAAACGAGUCGUCAGGAAGAAGGACAUCAAGUGCGGUACCAUCGAGACUGAUCCUUAUUACGUUACGUUCUUGGAGAGCUUGAAGAAUUUGGAGGCUGAUGCUGCUGGUGCCCAACCCAAGACUGAAUUCUCAUUUCAGCCAUUCGAUAAUUCCCAGAAGAGGGUCACCACCACUCCCUUGUUGGAGUAUCUCAAGCAGAGGAAGAUGGAGAAGCAGAGGGUGAGGGAUGAAAAGAGGGAGGAGAGGAGGAGACGGGAUCUGGAGAGGAGGAGGGCCAAAGAGGAACCAACUAUUUCCAAGGUCCUGAAAAAUCCCGACGCUGAACGUGACGUAGGACGUGAGAAUAAAGAAAAUAAAGAGGAGAAGGAGAGGCCCCAAAAAGACUCGAAAAAUCGCAAAAAGGACGAAAAAUUACGAGACAAAGUGCUGGGUCCGAGAGAUCGUGAGGGAAAAACGUCGGCGAAGGGUUACAAGGACGACAGGAAGCAAGAUCGUGACGUGAAACAUCAGAAGAAACACGAGGACAAGAGAUCCUCCAAUCGACGUGAGGACAAUCACUCGAAGGAUGAUAAGAGGGCCGAGGGGAAGGUCCCCAAGGAGCCCAAGGAGGAGGUCCGCGAGCAGAAGGAGAGGAGAAUCGAGGAGAAGAAGGGAAAGAGCUACGAGAAGAUGAGGCAGGAGAAGAGACGACUAGCAGAGUCGAAGAAACAGGUGGAUGGGGGUGCAGAGGGUGGCAAGGAGGUGAAGAAGAGGGAGGAGGGGGAGAGGUGCAAAAAGGAGGGAAAAGUUGAGAGGACUGAGACGGCCCCCAGCCCUUCACAGAGCGGAGGGGGUGAUAGUGGGGAUAAGAAAGUGCAGAGUAAAGAGAGAACUCCAAAGAAUUCAGAAUGUAGAGAAGGGGAAGCGGUGAGGCCGUUGGACCCCGUUGACACGAAGAAAGAACCGCGAGCUGUUGACGAAGAGCCCAGGGAGGACUCCCCCAGCGGCAAGAAGCCCCAGAAAUUGUCCAGAAGACGGAGCUCCUUGGACAGCGGUGGCAACGUAGGGGGCGGCGAUGGGGCCCAGUUGAGGAGGCACAAGUCUCUCGAUGGAGAUGACCAGAGUAAUCUCCAGAAGCACACACACGACGACAAACACAAGGAGAAAAAGGACUCCAGGAAGGAGCGGAGGAUAAGGAACAAAGAUCGUCCGGCCAUGGAGAUUUAUCGCCCCGGGAUGGGUCGAUUCAGCAAACAGAGGAUCGAGCGUGGAAAAUCCACCACCGAGGACAGGGCCACCUUGUCCGAGAGCCCCACCAACACUUCAAGCGAUCAAAAAUCAGAGUUACGAUCUAUGACGUUUAAACGAAGUGUCAGCCGUGAUAAUCCUUAAUUAGUUUUUAUUUUCCUUCGUUAAUAAAAAGUUGUCUGGA